AUGUCAGUUGGGAACCUGCCGAGCAUUCAUUUGGUGCCACCAAGCAAGGGCGGCGGUUUGCGACACCUGGGGAUCUGCGGUGAUGGCCGUGGCUCGCCAGGUUCCACUGUGGCGCCCACGGCCGAUGACUCGCCGCUCUCACCAGGCUUUGGAAGUCAAAGCCCAACGCCAAGAUCCAGAAGGCCCUCAGUGGACCUCCGGGAACUGGAGCCCAAGGAGAGCCCAGGCGAUGUGUCCUCGGUCAGCACGGACUUCGAGGACCAAACUUUGCACGAUGCUCUUCAGGAGUCGCUGGAUUCCAUGACGGGUGCCUGCAGUCGCCUGCGUGGGGAUGAUAUGGUCAGUGUGAUCGAAGAGGGCGAAAUGACUGUCCUUGCCUUUGCGCCACCGGCACGAUUCGAAGAACAGGAAAUUGUCAAGUCCUUCCGGAGGAGCGAGCUGCUGGCGGCCGAGAUUUUAACCAUGGGCGAGCCCGAGCAGGUGAAUAGCCGGCCGGAGCUCUACAGUGACAGGCUUUGCGAAGUCCAGCAGCAACUCAUCGACAAGGACAUGGAAAUCCACUCGCUGCGGCGCCAGCUGCACGACGCACGUCACGCCGCCGCCGCGUCGCAGGCCAAGCUCUGUCGCGUGCAAGCCACGCUGAAAGUCCGCGAUGAGAUGAUCAAGGCCAAGAACCAGGACAUUUCGGAGAUGCACCUGGAGCUGCACAGCGCGGCACGGGAGGUGGCGAUGGCGCGGCGGCACCACGAGAGGCCGCAGAGCGACAACCUGGCGGAACUGGAUUUCUUACGACGGCAGUGCAAGUUGCUGGAGGAGAUGAACCAACAGCUCCGACGUGACCAAUGGCAAGCUGCGUCAGCGUCGUCAGCGUCGUCUGGUCCAGAUCCCAUUGAGGAGAUGCCCUCCGAGCCCAUAGCCAGCAGGGCACCAGAGAAGGCGGAGAAGGAGCCCGAGGUCAACAGUGGUCCGUUGCCAAGCAUCAGCCGCGCUGCGGCGAAAGCCACCAUGGCGACCAGGCCUUGA